GGUUCCUCUGCUCGGCCCUUUCUCGACUGACAUCAGACGAAGUGAUUCGGAUGCGUAAUGAGCUCUUUACCAAAGAGAAAGAGAGACAGUUGUCUCUGUAUCCACGAAUUGAGAAAAUCGAAGUAAAAUACACUGGGAAAUCUCACCCUGGCAGUGUGUUUGUAAUGAACAAAGCUUUGUCUACUCCAUACAACUGUGCCAUGCACUUAAGUGAAUGGCAUUGCAAGAAAUCCGUUCUAGCUCUUGUGGAUGGUGAAGUCUGGGAUAUGUAUAGACCCUUGACCAAAUCAUGUGAAAUUCAGUUCCUUACUUUCAAAGAUGAACAUCCAGAGGAAGUAAACAAGGCCUAUUGGCGUUCCUGUGCCAUGAUCAUGGCAUGUGUGUUAAAGCGAGCAUUCAAAGAUGAGUAUUCAGUGAAUCUGAUUAAAGCUCCAGAAGUGCCAGUGAUCUCUGGAGCUUUCUGUUAUGAUGUGCUUUUGGACAGUAGACUGAAUGAAUGGAAACCAACAAAAGACAACUUCCAUUCUCUUACAAGGGAUGCCAGAAAGCUAAUUGAUAAAGACCUACCAUUUGAAACGCUGCAUGUUGAAGCAAAAGUAGCACGUGAAAUGUUUCAACAUAACAGAUACAAAAUGGAAAUGAUAGAACGAAAAGCUUCUCAGAAUAUGGAAGGAGUCAUAACAUUACAUAGGUGA